AUGCAAGCAGCUUAUGCCUACUACCUUGAGGAGUACUGCCAUGGCAUUGGUUUGUUGGAUGAGUCUGAGCUUCCUGUUCUUGAAUCUGGAAUUGCUGGUCUGCAUAACUUGGCAGAAGGAAGCCAUGACAUUGGUGUUGCGCAUCUCAUGUCAUUCUCAGCCAAACACCUGUGGAAUCUCUUGGGCUUACCUGGAGCAAAUCAAUUCCCAUUUGCAGAACCUGGUGCCAACAACACUCUGAACAGCUCUACAUCUCAGCACAAAACCCGUGCCGUACCAUUUUGGCAUCAGCUAGUAGGGACACUCAAGAUUUUGGAAGGUGCAUUCACACAGAGAACAGGGACUUGUGCUCAACCAGCUUUACUAUGUGACAAUGUUGGACUUGGGAAGACAGUCCAAAUCAUUGGUGUUAUUAGCAUGCUGGAGCACUACUACAAACAGCAGGAGCUUCCAGUUGAACAGCAUCUUGCGCCGCCUGCAUUUACAAAGGAUAAUGGAACACCCUACUUUGGUGGUGAAAAGAGUAUCCCUAACCUACCAUCAAUUGUAAUUGCUCCUUGUACGCUUGGAAACCAAUGGGUUGAACAAUGGAACAAAUUCACUCAGCUUGGCAGUUUUGUUGUCAUUCGUUACACUGUUGACAAUGGACCCCUGGAGACCUUUUUCAGUGAUCCCAAAGGGCCAUACAAGACAGCAGCUGGGCAAAACUUGGAGCAUGCAGGGCAAGUGAUUAUUAUAGCAGACCUUUCGGCAAUCUCUAAGGAGGCUAAACAAUGCUUGCAACCACCCCCAGAGCUGAAAGGCAAGGAUGCCAAGGAGCACGAGGCUAAGGGAGAGGCACCUGCAUUGAAAAUUGGUGUCAAUGCUGCAGGCUCCUUGUUUGGUAUGCGCUUCCGGGUAGCAGCAAUUGAUGAGAUACACAACCUCCGGAACAGUAGUCAUAGUCAACAAGGGGUCCAGUUCAUUAGCGAGUCUUCAUGCUUGGUCAUUGGUGCAACAGCCACACCUUUAUUUACCGCACUCAAGUGUUUGUUUGCCCUUGCACAAAAUCUACGCUACCAGCCACUACUUGGUGACAAGGGCCUCCAGGUUUGGAACGAAGUGCAAGAAAUGCUGGUGGACGGCAGCAAAAAUUGGCAACUCAACAGCAAAGCAAUUGUGGAAGCAACUAUUGAGAAAGAAGUGAAAGAAGUGUUAUCAUUGGCCAAAAUCAGCUCCCAAGAUCCUCGUGCUACUAAAAUCAAGGAUGACGUUCGGGCUAAAUACAAGAAUGAGGACCAGCAAAGUAUUCUCCGCAUGAUCCAUUUAUCCAAACAACCAGUCAACAUCCUGCGUUUGAUUCUUUAUCCCAUCAUGAUCUGUCGUACAAGUGAGUUGCUGGACUUUGCAGGAAAAAGAAUUUUGGAUCUUCCGUUUGUUCAAAAGUUCAUUGCUUGGUCCCCAAUGAACAAAGAGGAGAAGGAAAUGCAACAUUUGAUUAAUCAGGAGCAUACCCGACAGAAAACCACAAAGAAGAAACAGGCAAACAAGCAAAGAGCUAAAAAGAAGGGGAAGCAAAUGCAAGAAACCGCCAGUGAAGAACAGGAGGAACAAGAUGGGCUAGACUCUGAGGGACAAGUGGAACGCAAUGAUUGCAAGAAUAUUAGGUGGCAUAUGUUUACUCUGAAGGGCAGAGGAUUUGUCUCAUAUGAUGGGUCCAUGGCUACCAACCAUUGCCAACAAUCAGUUGAGAAAUUUGCAAAUGACCCAAACUGCCGGAUUAUGAUCAUCAGCAAUGUUGGCUCAGCUGGGCUAAACUUGGUCCAAGCCUCAGUUGUAAUCAUUGUGAGCAGCGUUUGGUCAGGGCUUGAACUCAACCAGAUCAUGGGCCGGGUUGAUCGCCCUGGGCAAGAGCAGGAUACGGUUGUCUACAAUAUCAUGGCACCAGAAGGCAUAGACUUGGCGCUCAAUGUUUAUGCUGACAGUAAGGCACAGCUGUCUGACCAUUUUCUAAACUUGCGCAGAACCUUGCAAGAUGUCUAUACCAACAUAGCCAACCCUCACUCAGACAGUCAAGAUGAGUCUGACUCUGAGGGUAAUGAUCUGGUAGACUCUGGGCACACAGUAGUAGCCUCAGAAUCUAAAGUAGGAAGCCGCAAGCGCAAAAACAACAGCAGCACAGAUACAAAGGAUGCCAGCCAAGCUCCAAAGCGCACCAAAGUCAAGACCUCCACGUCCAACUUGGGGCACAGAACAACACCUGUCACUGCAGCUGACCCUGCACUGGAACAGACCAAAACAGUCACCCCUGAUUCUGGUCUGACUGGAAACUCUUUAAGCGCUAUGAAACUGGCAUCUGGAGCAUCAUUUAGCUGUCUGGACGUUCCAGACUCUCUGGAUGCAAAUAAAGACCCUAGCCAAAAGUCAAAUUUGUUAGCAUCCGCCCCAACAGCCGCCAAGGACCCCCUUCCAGACUUCUGGAACUUUGAGCAACAGUUCAUUCUAGUGGAAGCUUCUGGUACCAACAGCAACCACCCAUUCUACUAUGCCCAAGUUCUUGGAAUAUUUCAUGCAAAGUCUGCAUGA